UUGCUUGUGACGGCUCUGCUGCUGACGCUGGUGCUGGUGGGGGUGGUGGCCUUUCUGUGCAUCUACCUGGACGUGCCGUGGUACGUGCGCAUGCUGUGGCAGUGGACGCAGACGAAGCGCAGAGCUUGGCACGAGUGCCCCGAGGAGCGGGAAACCGUCCUGCAGUUCCACGCCUUCAUUUCCUACAGCGAGCGCGAUUCCGUGUGGGUGAAGAACGAGCUGAUCCCAAACCUGGAGAAGGGGGAGGGCAGCAUCCAGCUGUGCCAGCACGAGAGAAACUUUGUUCCCGGCAAGAGCAUUGUGGAGAAUAUCAUUAACUGCAUAGACAAGAGCUACAAGUCAAUCUUUGUGUUGUCUCCCAACUUUGUGCAGAGCGAGUGGUGUCACUACGAGCUGUACUUUGCCCAUCACAAGUUGUUUAGCGAGAACUGCAACAGCUUAAUCCUGAUUUUGCUGGAGCCGAUCCCUCAGUAUAUUAUCCCCGCGAGGUACCACAAGCUGAAGGCUCUCAUGGCAAAGAGAACGUACCUGGAGUGGCCAAAGGAGAGGAGCAAGCGUGCCCUUUUCUGGGCUAACCUGAGGGCAGCUAUUAAUAUCAACCUGCCAGGGGCUGAGGGACAGAGGUGUGGAGAAAGAGAUUAAGAACCUUUUUAUUGCAGUUUUUCUUCUUUUUUUUUUUUCUCUUUUUGAUGAAACAAUAAAUACUUUUUUUUUUUUUUUUUUUUUUGUUGUUGUUGUUGUCAAUAUAUUUCACUUUUUGUUAUAGAACACUAUUUCUAUAGAAUUGUCUAUGCUGCCUUACUAGAGGGAAAAAUUAGCCCAGUUUACUGGAAAUCACUUGAGAUUGACAGAGGUAUAACCUGGAUGUGUUUUUUGAAAGCGUGCUUGAAAUAUUGUAGUAAAUAUUUCUCAGUGGAAUAAAAUCUGGAGCACUUGG